AUGGGCCUCUUCAAGUCUCUGAAGGGCAAAAUCGACGUCGGGACGGAGAAUCCUUCCGGGACCAACGACCUCCAUAACGAAGGAGGAUCUCGCCAAACGCAACGCCGAGGGGAAGAACACUAUGCUCCUCCGCCAGGGCCACCCCCAUCGCAUCACCAACAGGGCCAAGGGACAGAAGAGACCUUUGAGCCCCCUUCCGGCCCGCCGCCAUCGCACCGUCGUGUCCCUGCAAGCUCACACAGUAAUGAAGAGUUCCCCCCACCGCCUGGUCCGCCGCCUUCCCACCUCCCAGAUCCAAAGCCCGAUAACCCGCCCCCUUAUCACGAUUGGACCGUGAUUCCCGACACAGCACUCCUCCCGCCCCCUCCGCCACUACCGCAGGACUACUCGCCGACGAACAACGCGUCGUACGACUCGGCGGCGCGCGCGCACGAGUGGUGUGCAAAACACCCCGUGUACACGCCCAGCACGCCGAGCCACGAGAUCCACCUCCUGGCCAACGCGGGCCACAUCACGCUGGAACCCCCGCCCUUGCCGCUGAGAAAGCACAUGACGACGUUCCGGCAGACGAGUCCCACGACAUGGCACGUCGCGACGAGCAAACACCAACAGGACGCCAUCAUCCUGGCCUCGAUCCCCUUGUAUUUCGCCCGUGUGGACAACCCGCUACGCACAGCGGAACCCAAGACGAUAUACUUUGAGCUGGCCAUCCGCCGCAUCCUCAACGCCAACUCGGGCAUCGCAAUCGGCUUCGCCGCCAAACCAUACCCGCCGUGGCGCUUGCCCGGGUGGCACCGUGCCAGCGUCGGCGUGCACGGCGACGACGGCCGGAGAUUCGUCAACGAUCCCUGGGGCGGGCGGGAUUUCGUCCCGGCGUUCACGGAAGGCCAGGUCGUGGGUGUGGGCAUGCAUUUCUCCACGCAGCAGGAGGGGCCUCCUCGUCGCCAGGACGGGGGAGGAGGAGGAGGAGGAGGAAGAGGAAGCGCAGAAACGGGCAGGGUAAAGACGCGAGCCUUCGUCACCAGAGACGGCAGGGCGGACGACCAGCGCUGGGGCUGGGAUAUUGACGAAGAACGCGACCUGCGCGACGAAGGCGUCGAUGGCCUCAUGGGCGAGGGAGACUUGUAUCCCGCCAUCGGUGUGUUUGGGGGCGUCGAGUUCGACGUCAGGUUUGGGGAGAGCGUGAGUUGGAAGGGCAGGUAG